AUGACUGGGCUACUUUCCGCGCCUCCUGAUUUCGAGAGAAGAGUAUUCGGCAUCUUCGAGCGAUAUAGUCAAGAUUCUAAAGGCCGAGGCUGGGACUACAACCCUGAAAACUACAACGCGCGAAUCGAAGCAAUCUCCCCAGGAUCCGGAUCGAGCGACAGUUCUCCCCCCUCAGUGGCCUUUCGCUUCAUCGUGACGGAGGAUAUGUGUAACUACACUCACCACCUUCAUGGCGGAUGCGUGACCACCAUCCUCGAUACACUCAGCUCCAUUUUUCUGGUCGCAUUGUCCAAACCAGGCCUCUACUCGCUAGGAGGUGUCAGCCGCCACCUGCACACCACUUAUUUGCGACCUAUCCCGGUGGGUAAAGAGGUACGCCUCGUAUGUAGUCUGAAGCAUGCGGGCAAGAAACUGGUUUUGUUGAAGGCGAACUUGUACAGAGUGGAUGACGAUAGGCUCUGUGUGAUUGGGAUCAAUGAAAAGGCGAACACGGAUCCUCCUAGGGAAUCUAAAAUUUAA